AUGACUGCCACCUUCAGCAACGUCCCGGGCUUCGGCAGCGAGGCCUUCGCGCUGCCCGCGAGCUCCGUGCAGCUCUUCAUAGAGAAGAACGGUUGGAGCUACAACUUAUGUGGCUCCACUUCGUUCGACAGUACCUGGGGUACUGGUCUUUGCUCCCUCCGUCCGGCAGCGCUCACAGAUAUUGUCAUCAAGCUGCAGGUUCACAAUCACCAGAAGGACACAUUUCUCUUCGUGGAAGGCCCUCAGGCGGCCGGGCUUUCGAACGUCAUCACCUACGCCAACCCGCUGCCCACGGGCAUGGACGCCGCGGUCUUUGGCGCGGUGCGCGAGAACGUGCUAGACCUGGGGAUGGUGAUCCAUGCGAAGCCUCCGCUGAUCUACAUCACGGGGAACACCUUCCCCGCCCCGGCGAGCUUGGACCUGAAGGGGGCAGCAGUGCCGGGAUACAAGGUGGAGCUGGUUUCGCCGGAGGGCUGGCAGAGCUGCGGCGCGGUGCCGCUCUGCAAGACCCUCGCGUGGCAGAACGAGAGCCACUUGGAGUGCCACACCAAUGCUUGCCUGGACAUCACCUGUCUGCCGCGCCAGCCAAACGUGAAGCUCUACCUCGGCGACUUGUUGGGCGACACGGAGCUCAGCGAGAAGAUUAACUUCCCGAGGCCCCGGAUCGACAGCUUCGCCCCCACGGCGCUGGAAGACGUGGGCUUGCACCGCUACGUCUCCUUCUGGGGCUCCUACUUCUCGGAGCCGGAGUGCAAGUCCGAGCACGCGGAGAGCCUGCAGUUCGUGAGCAGCAGCAGCAGCACUCAGCUCUUGAUGGGGGAGUUCAAAGCGCCUUGCACCAUCAAGGAGCAGAACAGCACCUACCUGCAAUGCGUGAUCGUGGACCCCAUCCGCAACGUGCGGAACCUGGCGGACUCCGUGAGCACCGUGCCGCCGGUGCUGCUCGCCUCCGCGCAGACGCUCAGCUGGACGCUCUGCGGCCACUACUCCCCGCUGAAUGGGGACGCCACGGCAGGCACCUUCGCCUCGGAGAUCGAUCUCAGCACCAACGCUCUGUAUCAGCGGGGCGCGCUGACCUUCAACAUCAACCUGCUGACCUGCAGCGAUGGCUACCGCCGCUACAGUGACUACUCCUACACCUGCAUCAAAUGCGAAAAGGGGUUUUGGAUCACCACAACCCAGGCGGAGUGGCCAUUGCGGUGCAACCCCUGUGCCGUGGGGAAGUACCAGGACAACGAGGCCUCCCAGUCCUGCAAGAGCUGCCCUGCAUACACCACUUCUCCACAAGGAGCCUCCGAUGUGACCCACUGCACCUGUUCGCCCGGCUACUUCUCGCCCUACUACAACAUGACCACGGGCCGAACAGUUCCGGGAACACCCUGCACCUCCUGCCACCACACGGACUACAUGCAGGAAGUGGAAACUGGCGAGUCCUGCGGCGACGGCGGGUACAUGACGGGAGACACAUGUACGGCCAAGGAGGAGGACCUUUGUGUCAAUGUGGCAACCACCUCCGUGGACUUCCGCAUUUGCAAGCUGUACUGCCCGGGUGGCACUGCCUGGCCCACGGCCAAGCGGACCUUUUGGCACUUCAGGCACUCCCCGGACACUUCGUACAUUUCCGGGGUGGACGCCUAUAAGCCCAUGAUGCGGAGGUGCAGCCCAAAGAUGGCCUGCCUGCCAGGCAACACCUGCAGCAAGGAGUACAAGGACGUGGCAUGCUCCCUUUGUGUCUUUGGGUACUUCUCCAAUGCCAACACCGGGCUUUGUGAAGAAUGUGGCGAAGCACAAAAGAUUGGCAUGAUCAUCAUGUCCGUCGUCAGCGUGAUUGCCUCGUUCGGCUGCUUGGUCUUCUUCGCCUUCUUCAUGCGCUUCAACGCAGACAUCGUCUUUAAGAGAGAUCUGCUGAAGGCCAUUCAGAUGUACAUCCUCACCCCGCUGAAGAAGAGCAGUAGCUUUGGCAAGAUGAAGCGGAAGUCUGAAGCCCGCCGCGCGGUGACAAUCCACAAGUCGGAGUUGGGUAUGAGCCACAGCUACUCCAAGUACCGGGAGUUGGGCCUAGUCUUCCGGGUGGAUGACAGCCAGGUGGUGCAUGUGGCGGGGCUCUUGAAGGACUCCCCGCUCCGUGGAAAGGUGCUGCCUGGCUGGAAGCUGAUCACCUUGAGCGGUCGCCGCUUGAAGGCGCGGAAGGAAGCGGAAGUCCAGGAGAUGCUGCACAGGUCGCGCUUCCCCAUUCGCAUGACCUUCUCGGCACCGCGGAAGUCCAAAGAGCAGGAAAGACAGGAGGCUGAGGGUCGGAGCGCUGAAGGCGUCAACUUCGAUGAUGACCGGAAGAUGAUCGUGGUGCUGCUGGGGGUGAUGACCUCUUUUACCAAAGUCUCUGGUUUUGACUUCCAGUGGCCCGACACCUUCAAUGACCUCGUGAAGAUCGCUCAGAUGUUCUCCUUCAACCUGAACUUCUUCGCGCCGGAAUGCUCAGCAGAGACGCCCUACAUCACCAAGUGGCUGGGAUACUUGGUGAUCCCAUAUUUCAUGAUCAUGCCCUUGACCGCUGCCUACAUCAUGGCGUGCAUCAGCACAUUGCCUGGACUGGGCCCAGAGGCAUUCGAGACCAAGAAGCACCUCUUGACAAAUGCCUGGGCGCGUUGUAUUUGCAUGGUCCUACUGGCGUUGUUGCCGUUCCAUUUGGACACGAUCCUGAUUCCCUUCGCUUGCGUGCACAAGGGCGACGGCAUCUACGUCUUGGCGGACGUGGCCAGCGUCCAAUGCAGCACGCAAGACGAGACCUUUAUGACCAUGUUCGGCGCAGGCUCGAUGGCCAUGAUGAUCUUCACUUCGGGCUUCAGCGGGUUGAUCUAUUGCAUUUGGUGCAGUUUUCAGUGGCAGCAAGGCACCCGCGACCGGCGCGACAUUCCAUUCUACGUGGCCAUGGUGGAAGUCUCCACCUUCGGGCAGCGAGGCUACACCAAGGAGGUGCGCACGCGAGUCAUGGAGAACGUCUGCGCGGUCCGCGCCUUCGACGUCUGCGCGUCGAAACUGGAGGAGCGCGAAGCGAAGAUGAGGGCGCUGCACGUGCUGAAGAGCCGAGAGGCGCGGCUCGGGGAGGAGAAGCCGGCGGAGGGCUGCGCGGAGCUGGGCCAGGACGGGCUGCAGCAGCGCCUGGCCAUCACUAAGGCCAAGAAGAAGUUCCUGGCCAAGAACACCUGGCCCUCCAAGGCCGACGGGAACCUCAUCACCUACGGCUGGAUCUUCCUGGUGAACACGCUGCUGCGCAACCUGCUGUCGAACGCGGCCAUCAAGAUGACCAGCAACAACUUGGUGGUCAUCGGAGCCGGGCUGCAGAUGAUCAUCUUCGCCCUGAACGUCACGAUGCUGGUGUGCCUGAGCCCCUACAAGUCUACCUUCGUGGUAAAAUCGGAGUCAAUCCUAAUGACGGUGCUCUUUAUGGUGCUUUGGUGCGCUGUGAUGAAAGAGCUGCUAGAGCAACACCAGGACCGGCAUCUCUAUGAGGACAUGAUCCAGAAGGUGAACACCGCCAUCACCACCUUGGCCUUCACCCUCAUGUUCACCGUGCCGCUGGUGCCUUUGUACUUCGCCUAUCAGGUGAUGAAGAAGGCCGGUCAGCUGGUCACAGGGCCGGACGCCAUCUUGAACGAGAUCUACUUCACGGCCCACCUAAAGAAGUUGAAGCGCCGAAAGGACGCAGAGACAGCUGCCCUGAACAAGCUGGCUGACAACGACAAUGACACAGAUGAGAAGCGUGAGAUGCUGGCAAGCGUAGGAAUGAUCAUGCCCCACCUGGAAGCCACGCUGAAGCGCUUCGAAGAGUCGGGCUACGGGAAGCACGUGCUGCCGGAGGUGCAGAGGAAGUACAUGAUGCGCCUGGGAAAGUUGACCAUGAAGAUCAACCAGGAGCGAGUCUUGGCCAUCGAGGCUGAGCGUAGCCGCCAAGACGCCGAGAAGGCGAACUCCGCCUUUGCCUCCCUCUCCGAGCAGCCGGGGGCCAGUGCGGAGGACAUCGAAGAGGCACGGCUGGCCGCGCAGGCGGCCGAGGUCUCCGCCAUGCAGGCAGAGAAUCGCCUGACCCUCAUGCGGAAGACCAGGCAGACUGAGAUGCGGAUGACGCAGCGAGCGCUCCCGGCAGUGCCGGAUGACUGA